AUUACGUUAGGCUAGGUAGCCUGAUGGCGGAAAAGAAAAUUAUUAGUCUGCUUAGGAGAACAAAUAAGAAUUUUACAUAUCGAUUUUCUAAACCUUUAGGGUGCAACAGCAGAAGCACAGCAAAAUUCUGUACAGUGUUGGCAUUGAAUUACUCCAAUAGAUGGCACCAAAGUCAGCAUUUGUCAAAGAAUGGCAUUGUUUGUCAGCAUACCGUGUUGAAGCGAAAUUUUUUUCAGUUACCAAACCCUUUUGGUGGAACUACUAAACGCAAGGAAUAUUCGGAACGAAGGUUAUUAGGAUAUUCCAUGGAUCAGAUGUACGAGAUUGUAGCAGAUGUGGGUAGUUAUAAAGAAUUUGUUCCAUGGUGUACACGAUCCUCAGUAACAAAGAAGCGACAAGGACAUUUGUUGGCACAAAUGGAGAUAGGAUUUUCACCACUGGUAGAACGUUAUACCUCCUCGGUGACUUUAGCAAAGCCUCAUUUAGUGAAAGCUUGCUGUACAGAAGGUAAACUCUUUAACCAUUUAGAAACUGUCUGGAGAUUUAGUACUGGCCUGCCCGAAAACCCAAAGACUUGUACAUUGCACUUUAAUGUAUCAUUUGAAUUUCGUUCCCUCCUGCACUCUCAUCUAUCUCACAUGUUCUUUGAUGAAGUGGUUCGUCAAAUGGUAAAUGCUUUCCUGCAGAGGGCUGAAUGUCUUUAUGGAAAACAAUCUAUACAGAAACAACGAGCUAAAGUUCUAUCUUAUGUAACUUAGCUGAUCUUAAUUAGCCACAUUCAGUGCUGAUUGAAUGAACUGUAUAUAAAUUUAGACGUAAUUUAAAAAAGUGUGUUCAUUUACUAUCACUGAAAAAACUAUUAGUUUACUUUAAUUUUUAUAAAUGGAAAAAUAGAUUUUUCUAGGUGUAUAACAUCAAAAGCAAACAAACUUAGGUGAUCUUUAAUGUAAAUUUAUUUAUAUUUUGAAACCCAUCAAAGAAUGACUGAGAGCAUUAUAAGAAAAUUUUAAGAUUGAUACAAAACUGCCAAUAUUUUGUAGGGCUUGGUUUAUCUAUGGUACUGAAUGAAACUGUUACAGUUUUUUAUAGUUCUAUCUAGAUUUUGGUUAAGAUCAAAAUAAAUUAAUGCUUUAUAUAAAACCAUCUCAUUUUAAUUUUGAAAACUUAUCUUGGAGAAUUCAAGUUCAAAUUAUGCUGUUGUGUCUAUUCGUACAUUGAGCUGCGGGUCUAAAUAGUUCAUAUAGUAUACUUUACAUUAUGACAGAAAUAUAUUCUAUUUUUUGCAGAUUGAUUAGGAAGUAAUUAUUGGUAUUUAUUAUUUCUGUGUGGUGAAACAACAUCUUAAAUAUAGUUAAAAUUACUAAUUUCAGUAAUGUGUUAAUCUUGAAGCUACUGUAUUAAAACAUUUUAAAACUGUAUAAAAAUAUUAAUCUUUACUCAGUUUUGAUUUAAAAGAUUGGUUUAAAACUUUGCUUUAGAAGUUUGGCAUACCUAUAUUUUACAGGUCUUAGAGUAAGUCACACAAGAGAUAUAAACUUUGAUAUGCUAAUAUAGAUAUAUUACAAACUGAUUUUUUGAAAAUUACUUUGGAAGUGUUUAAUAGUUUGAUUACUAAAAAUUUUAAUUCAAUUUAUAUAUCUUUACGGGCUUUUAAUGUUGGUGUGAAAUUUAAAGAAUGUAUUUAAUAGUAUUGAAAGUAUGUUUUAGAUAGAAAAGUUGCUUUAUGGUUUGAAAUAAUUAAUACAAAAAUUACUACUAAUAAAUGUACUAGAUGAUACCAAAGGACAGGCAUGCUUUGUUGAAUUAAAGUAAUUAUUCCAGAUAAAA